AUGGAAAACCCACAUGAGCAACAGCAAGCCCUUCUCCUGUCACGAAUCAUCGAGAACGUUCAAAAGCUGAAUGAAGCUGUUAUGGAGAUGAACCAGCGCCUCCAGGCGGCCAAUAUCCAAACAAUGGACGUUGAGCUGGUCGCGCAGAUGUUCAAGAACUACCAGUCAAAUGUUCUAUUCCACUUAGAAGUCAUAGCCACGGACAACUUGAAGGAACCAUCGUGA